UCGACGGACUCAGCAGAAGUUUGAGGCCGAUCAGAUGGAGAGGGUGUUGAGGUAUGCAGCGCAGCGCGGACUCGAUGUGCCCGACACGGGUGGUGCAAGGGGAGGAGAGGCGGGGCGACGUCCGGCGGAGGGAGGGGUCGGGGGAGAUGGUGGGCAUGGUGCGGCAGACCCCACUUUGGGUGGUGGAGGCGGUGAGACAGAGGAGGGCGUGAUCCACGUGGAUCGCGAGGCGGGUGGCCCCGGUGACGAAGGAGUCCCGGAACAGAAGGACGUGCCUGAGGUUUAUCCAGGCACUGGGGAGAGGUUGGAUGACUGGCGGAGGCGAGCAGGCAAGGGAGCUGCAACGGAGGGGUCUUCCAAGAGGAAGGAAGGAGGGAGUGAUCCGACUGCCACCCCAGCAGGGAAGAGGCUUCGGCAGCAGAAGGUGACUGAUGUCUACGGUGGCGAGUGGGUUGCCCGCCAUAAGAAGGCAUUCCUUCACUGGUUGUAUUCCAGCGGGGUCUCCUUCAAUGCCUUCCGCAACCAGGCGUGGAAGGCAUAUCAGCUGGUGCUUCUUGAGCAGCCUGGCAGUUCCCCACGCGCAGUGCUCCCCAACCACUGCAAGAUUGCGAGUAUGCAGGCGGUGGAGACCCACCGUGCGGAGUUGGCGGAGGAGUUGGAGGAGGUGAGGCAGCCAUUCUGGGUGACUGGUGCCACCCUCCUCUCCGAUGGGAGGAAAUCACGAGGCGGGAGACCGAUCGUGAAUUUCCUUGCUGCUGGCUCUCGAGGGGUCGUCGUGUACACGACGAUCAAUCGAGAGGGCGAGCCGGACGAUGCAGUGCACCCCGUCAUGGAGUUGCUCAGGAGGAUGGAUCGUGGAGGACAGUACAUGUCCCUCAUGAUCAAGUGGACACAGGAUCUUGUCCGCCGUGUCACGGUCGCAUGCGCCCCUUUGGGGACGUUGUUCGCCGACCGGAUCAUCAGGCGUGUGCAGGCUCGCAUACAGCACAUGCUUGAGCCGUCUCACUGCGCAGGGUUCUUACUAAACCCCCGCAGGCGACACGUUCGCUACUUUUCGGGGCAGGUGGAGAGGUACGAUGCUUGGCUUGUGGGGCAAGCCAAGAGGUACAUUUUGACGCAGACGGGAUUCGAGUUGGAGGGUGCGGAGUACAUCCUUGCAUGUCGGCAGUUUGAGGACUUCCACAUUCAGCAGGGCAGGUUCGGGGAUUGGGGCGGUCCGGAGGGGCGUGCUCGUGGGCGCGCGUGCAGCGGCGACAGGGAGACGAUUGAGUGCGCGUCUUGGUGGUCUCAGUUCGGGUCGGGCGCGCCACAGUUGCAGCGUUGCGCUCUUCGGGUGAUGCACAUGUGGUGUUGCGCCUCUCCAGCGGAGAGGAACUGGGCAGUCCACGAGGGCAUUCACACGAAGAAGCGCAACCAGUUGGCCUUCGAGAAGGUCGUGCAACUCGUUGAGAUCACCGCAAAUAUAGCAGCAGCAGCUGCAGCAUCAGUGCUAGAGGAGAUGGCAGCAUCAGUGCUGGCGGAGGAUCCACCAUCGGCAGGAGGAGGUGCAGCAGUGGAGGGGCAGGUGGCAGCAGCAGGAGGAGCAGCAGCAGUGGAGGCUGAGGUGGCAGAAGCACUGGAGGAGGAGGACGCACCGUCGGCAGCUGCAGUGGAGGAGGAGAUAGCCGCACAGGCCGAGGUGCAGCGUGAGGGCGAUGACGAGCGCCUCAUGCAGCAGUUCCUCACGGAGGAGCUCGGUCCGGCCAUGGCGGAGGACGCCAGGCGUCUAGAGAUAGGGGGGGAUUGUGUGCAGGGUGGGGUGGUGGCGGGGGAGGACGUUGCGGAGGGAGUGGCAGCAGAGCCGGUACCCAAGGCUAUGCCGGGUGGAGCAGAGACAGCGGACGUUGCUAUGGAGGGACAAACUCAGGCGGUGGAUGAGGUAGUGCAGGCAGGACAGCGACGAGUCGAGGGGGCUAUAGACUCACGACGCGAGGGGCAGGAGACAGCGACAGGUCCAGUUGUUCCAUUCUCGGGCCUGCACUUGGCUCAGGCCCGACAGCCGCAGGCGGUUCAGAUGGGAGUGCAUGGUGUGCCACCGCCCGUUAUCACAGAUUUGGGGUCCGAGCCGGUGGUUGUGCCCCCACGUCUUCCUAGCCACUUUGCUCCGCAGGAGGUCCGUCGUCCUUUGGAUGCAGAGGAGUUGGCGAGAGAGGCUGUGCGUGAUGUUACUCGCUUCGACCGGCGGAUCUUCGACCGGAAGCUUGAGCACCCAUCGUGGCAGUCGAUCCCUUCGGUUCCAUGGGGUCCUGCGUCGCCCGUGUGGUCUGGGUCUACCUCCACUGGAGGACAUACCGCGGGACAUGUUCCAGGGGUUUCGGGUGGCGUGACGGAGACAACGCCACGCACAGGAGACAUGCCACCCCCUCCUCCUAGAGCACCUGCAGGUGAUCCAUCAUCGUCACCCACAGGCAGAGGCUCUCGAUCCCCACACAUGCCUGGGAGAUCUAGGAUUCGUGACACGACAGCAGUUCAGCAGGACGUGUGUGACACGACGAUAUUCGGGAGGACAGAUAUACAUUUGGAUUCCMCCCGCCGUGUCACGGAGCACACUGCACGCCUUCAGUCGGGCUUGGGAGGAGGAGGCGCUAGGACGACCACGGCGAGGGAGGUACCGGCAUCGGGUUGUGAGCCUCAGCGAGGUCGUGGCAGAGGAGUGUCGACCGAUACGAUGGAGUACGCUCUGAGAGCAGCGACACGUGCCGUGCAGGAGCAGACUCCACGCAAGCGUGGAGUACCUCCUCGUCCACGCCCCGUGCCUGCAGAGGGAGGCGCAGCACUUGGAGAGAGUUCGGGGGCGGAGGGGUUGGGGAUGCCUCGUGGUUCCCGCCGUGAGCAGACCAUUGCAGAGGCUAGUGCGAGGGUUGUUGUGUUGAGGAAGGGAGGAGGCCCAGUCACCAUCGAGGAGGAUGAUCCUGAUACGGAUGCGGCUGUGCGGGAUGCGGAUGAGGACUACGAGGGCGAGGAGGAGGGAGAGGAGGAUAGCAGGAGCAGUUCCGAUGGUGACGACGACGACGACCACGAUGAGCCCCCACCUUCCCAGGACCCCCACCGACGCAUCCUACCACCAGUGAAGGUGCGUCAACCCAAGGGACUGCACUCUCCAAGGUGUUUUUCUCCAUCAAACAAACGUUCUGAGGAUCCACAAGCCGCGAUCUCGGCUGCUGCUACUGAUCUCGAUCCGAUUGGUUCUGACGGUGGGACGAUUGCACGGGAACGUCUGGGAGGAGGCGCUGUGGGAGCAACCGUGCCCCGAGCAGUGGGACAAACCUCCUCCCGUCAGCCCAUAGCCCGGCGCUCUGAGGUGGUCACCCAGUCAGACGAUGGGCUGGAACGAUAUGCGACUCGUGAAGAGCAGAGCCACGGGAUGUGCUUACCAUCCAGAGGGGCUGAUGGCACAUCUUCCCCGUCGUCUCCCUUAUCCCCUCUCCCUUCUUCGUCUUGGCCGUUGCAACGCGACACCGUUGUAUCUCCAGCAAUUGGACUACUAUCGUCUCCCGCGACGCCACAGCCGACCGCGCUUUUUCCCUCAUCCUCCCUCCCUUCUCUGGUUGUUCCCCUGCCAACCAUUUCUGAUUUUGACUCCGAUGGACUUAUUGCGGGCUCUGCACCUCCAAGGCCUUACUGUCCAUUGAGCUCCCCCUUACAUCCAUCCCACGGAAGAUCUGCAGGGGAAUCAGAGGGUCAGUCGAAACUUCCUGGGUUACGAGAAAGGGAGGUGGUCAGGUUCGAGCCAACUGAUCUCGGCAGUUAUCCGCCUCGGCCGAUCGAAAUGCUGCUAUUCACCGACAAAAACUCUCACAGAGAAAUGCUGGACACGUACAACAAAGGAAGUCACGUCGGGGACGCUUGCAGCACGCUGCCCUUAGAGUUGUUUGAUAACCCCGAGAUGGAGCUAACACACCCGAAGGAAUGGUUGCAACAGGACACGACAGACGCAGUUCCCUCUGCCGCGUCGCCUGUCGAGGUACCGUCUGCCUCACAGCAGACCACCGCAUCUAGUGUUUCCCCUCCGAGACUUCCGACGCGUCGCGCCAUCCGCACAACCCAUUGUAGCGCUCAGCUGGCGACUCGCGAUGACGUUGUGUCAUCUCUCCUGGACUUUAGCAUUCUUCAGGCUCGUCAGGAACGAAUCACGAGACACGUCAACGUCCUGCAUCGUCUUCUCGCUCUGCUUUCUGACCCUGAUCGCACCCUACCCAUUAUCCCUAUUCGCCUAGGGACAUCUACGAGGGUGUACCGCGCUUUAUGGGACUCUGGCUCGCAGGGAGAUUUCGUUCACCCUCGAGUGGUUGAGGAAACUCGCCUAGCUACCUCUAGGUCCCGCUCCCCUAUCCCCAUUACCCUCGGAGAUAACAAGAUACAGCGCUUCUUCGAUCAGACGAUCCCCGACCUCCACUUCUCCCUCACCCUCCAGCCACCACGGCGCUACCAUUCCUCCGCAUACUUCGACGUGCUGGAGACUGGGUACGACUUUAUCCUUGGCACUCCAUGGUCUCGCCAGUUCUGUAUCCCAGAGGCCGAAUGGGCGACCGAGACACUCGUUCUCAAAACGAAGUGUGGUCAUAUCCAUCGCGUCCCCUUCAUUGGAACCACGAACGACACUCCUCCCGACCUACCUCCCAAGGACCCUCGUCCCUCAGGGUCUCACCCCGACAUCGCCUUCACUUCCCCUUGUCAGUUUGCUCACUUCAUACGACAGGAGGACGUCACAUUCUACUUAGUGAACGUCAUGGAUCUUCUUCGCUAUGAUCUACUCUAUCCCGAGGUUGAGCUCAUCUCUCUGGAGCCCGGUCCCCCUGACCCUUCCUCCAUCUUCACGGCUCUCAUCUCUAUGUCCACCCGUCAGCCUGUAGAUGUCCCCUCCACGUCCCAGACUCCUGCGCCGUCGAUUGUUGAGUCCACACAUACGUCUCGUGCCGACGCAGACAUUGAGGAACUUGCACGGUUCACGGCGGACUUAGAGCCCGCCAUUUGCGACGUGAUUCGAGAAUACCGCGGCGUCUUCCCUCUGUAUUUCUCAUACAACGGGAUCCCUCCAAUGCGUGGUGUUGAGCAUUCUAUCCAGCUCGUGCCUGACUAUCGUGUUCACCAUCAGGCACCGUACCAAAUCUCGAUUCCAGAGGCGACGAAACUCAAGCGUCAGCUUGAGGAGCUCCUUCGACUGGGUUUCAUUAAACCCAGUAACUCCCCUUGGGGUGCACCUGUCCUCUUUGCUCGCAAAGCGGGCGGAACUCUCCGACUCUGCAUCGACUACCGUGGCCUUAACCGCAACCGCUUCUUCACGAAGAUCGAUCUUCGUAGCGGUUAUCACCAGAUCCUCGUUGCUGCAGAGGAUCAGACGAAGACCGUCUUCCGAUCACGCUUCGACCACUACGAGUUCACAGUGAUGCCAUUCGGCCUCACCAAAGCACCCGCCACCUUUCAGACGGCGAUAAACGAUAUCUUCAGGGACAUCCUUCAAGAAUACAUUCUCGUAUACCUGGACGACAUCUUGGCCUACAGUCGUACCUUAGAAGACCAUAUCAAACACCUCCGCGAUGUCCUACAACGCUUGCACAAGCAUGGCUUCUAUGCCAAGCUUAGUAAGUGCCGCUUUGCCCAAUGCAAAGUGGACUUCCUAGGACACCAUGUGUCUAACCAGGGUCUCCACAUGGACGGCGCGAAGAUCACUGCUAUUGCAGAGUGACCCGUCCCCACAUCUUCCAAGCAGCUUCGCAGUUUCCUAGA